UUGCUGGCUCAGCUGUCAAACUUCUUCCGGGUUUGCUAACGCUACCUCCACGUGAGUGAUAUCCAUCUGCUUAUAGAAAUGUCAACAAAUGCUAUAAUAAUGAAUGGAGACGGGGACGAGGAGUUCAAAGGCUUUGUGGCCCUGCACGGCGGGGCCCUGCAGUCCUCAGGAAUCCCCCCAAUCUACUGGAGGAGCCUAAAUCAGAAAAUCACCAACGAGAUUUAUGAUGCCGGGGAAGUUUUCGGAAUCAUGCAGUUUAAAAAAGAAGAAGACGACGAGGAGGAAAAUGGGAGUAGUGAGGAGAGGAAGGGGGACAAUUCUGUAGCAGUGAUCCGCAGUAAAGUGGUUGUGACCCGGGAGAGUGGACUGCAAGCCUCAGAGCCGUCCAGUGUUUUUCUGGUGGAUCACGCCUGGACGUACCGCGUGGACCACACCCGUCCGCAGCUGGAGCAGAUCCCCGGCCUGCUGCACAGAAUGGCCGCACUCAUGGGGGUGGACUUCCACGGCGAGGCCCCUGACCCAGACACGGUGGAGCUGGUGAUGGAGCUCAUGUGGAAGUACAACCAGACUUACAAUAUCUCCCAGGGGUCUCCAGAGGACAAAGUUCCAGUGUGGUACAUCAUGGAUGAGUUCGGCUCCCAGGUGCAGCACUCUGACCAGCCCAGCUGCGGCAUGGCUCCCUUAUUCUACAUCCCAGGCAUGCUGGCCUACACGGUGCUGUGGCCUCUGCAAGACCUGCAGGAAGGAGAUGAAGUAACCCGUGACUAUACGUAUGGAGAGACGGACCCCUUGGUGAGGCAAUGCCGUCUGUUACCAUGGAUACCCGCUGACCUAGAAGGGGUCAGCAGUGUCACCACUGAGCCCGUUGACUCAUACUACGAGGCCAUAAUAUCUGAGAACAAGGAGCAGCUUCCUGUAGAAAUCCAGCCCUACAGAGUGCCAAAGGACAAAAUCCUCAAGGUUUACUCUGAAAUGUCACAAGUAACAAACAACCUGACACAUCCACGGUUCCAGCUGACAGAGGACAAAGAGGAGGCUGAUAUCAUUUGGAGCUAUAAUCACAUUAAAGACUACAGGAAGCUAAGCGAGGAACAACCUCAUGUGAUGCUCAACCAGUUUCCCUGUGAGAGCAUCAUCACUGUGAAGGACUGCUUGGCUGCUGUGGCCCGCAGAGUAAAAGGUGGCCCACAACCUGAUUGGCUACCUGAGACCUUCAACCUCCAGUCAGAGCUCCCACAGUUCAUCAAGUGUUAUCAACUGAGACAACAAAGGGGAGAAGAUAACCACUGGAUCUGUAAGCCGUGGAACUUGGCCCGUGGACUGGACACACACAUCACCAACAACCUAGACUACAUAAUCAGACAACGAGAGAGUACGCCAAAGGUUGUGUGUAAGUACCUUGAAGAUCCAGUGCUGUUCAACAGAGAGGAGGUGGGAAUGGUGAAGUUUGACAUUCGAUACAUGCUGAUGUUGCGCUCUGUGCAGCCCCUGCGUCUCUAUGCCUACGACGUCUUCUGGUUGCGGUUUGCUAAUAGACCUUUCUCCUUGGACCAUUUUGAUGAUUACCAAAAGCACUUCACCGUCAUGAACUAUGCAGAUGGUGUGGAGCUUAAGCAGGUGCACUACGAUGAGUUCAUCCCCACGUUUGAGAAGCAGUACCCACAGUAUCCAUGGAAGGAGGUAGAACCAGAGAUAUUUUGCGCGUUCAAGGAGCUCUUCCAGGCAGCCUCGUCUCGGCCGGCUCCUUAUGGUAUAAGUUCCUACCCAUCAUCCCGAGCCAUCUAUGCCGUAGACCUCAUGCUGAAGUGGAGCACUGGGCAAAAUGGUGAGCGAGUGAUGCAGCCUCAGAUCCUCGAGUUGAACUUCAGCCCAGACUGUGCUAGGGCCUGCCUCUACCACCCUUCCUUCUACAACCAUAUGUUCCAGACACUGUUCCUGGAUGAGCCAGAGCAAUGUCCAGUCACACAAAUUGUAUGAUCAACUCAACAUCACUGUUUGCAGUUCUGUUUUGUUUUUUUUUCAUCCGUACUUUUUCUUUUACACUCUCUCUGUAACUGAUUACUGUCUUAACUUUCCAAUUGAUUUUAAGGGCUUAUGAAACAUGUUCGCCUCUGUAGCUCAGUUCCUUAUCAAUAUAAAUCAUUGCUUUUUUUAUUUUAAAACGGAUUGUUCUCAAAACUGCUGGUGUUAUGAACCCAAUGAUUAUAACCAACACAUUUCUGUGCAAAUGAUAAACAAUAAAAAAAAUCUUUUUGGAUAAACUG